ACCUGCGCCCGCGCGAGUCGUCUCGAAGAAAGCCUCAGUGCUGACUUGGCGGCCGUAGCGACCGCACCGGCCUGCCUACAAUGUGACAGACCCUGUGACUCAAGUGUGGUGAAUUUGUGUUAUAGCACAGUGCCCGUGCGUUAACCCCAACCCCUGAUAGUGUAUAACCGGAUUUUUACUUUGGAACGCGAAGGAUCACGAAAGAUUUACGAUGCUGAUAAGGUGUCCGGCGGCACUAUGUGCCGUCGCGCUCCUUCUGACAGUAACGCCCAUCAGUACAGAGAAUCUCUUCACAUGUCCGAAUGGUUGGGAACUGAAAGGAUUACAUUGUUACAAAUUCUUCAAUAUUAGGCAUUCUUGGGAAAAAGCUGCAGAACUAUGUCGAAGGUACGGCAGCGAGUUGAUGGUGGUAGACAGCUAUACGGAGAACAACGUAACAGCCAACAUGGUGCCGUCAAGUCCCAGUAAUAACCGUUACUGGUUAGGCCUAGCAGCUGUCGACGACCUCAGAACGAACACGCUAGAAUCAGCGGCGAGGUCCCUUGUAUCACAAUAUGCAGGCUUCUGGGAUUUGCGGCAGCCAAACCCUAAAGACGGCGAAUGCGUCGACGUCCACGUUACAUCCGACAACCAAUCGUGGGAACUCACUACUUGCGAAACCUUACUUCCUUUCAUGUGCAAAACUGACGCCUGUCCUGCAGGAACCUUCCAUUGUUCAAACGGAAGAUGCAUAAACGCAGCCUUCAAGUGCGACAAACAAGACGAUUGCGGUGAUGCGUCCGACGAAAUGGACUGCUCUUCCGAAUGCCACUUUUACAUGGCUAGCAGUGGAGAUGUUGUAGAAAGUCCUAACUAUCCACAUAAAUAUCCUCCUUUCAGUGACUGUAAAUGGACACUUGAGGGUCCACAAGGUCAAAACAUCGUCCUACAGUUCCAAGAUUUUGAAACUGAAAAGUCUUUUGACACUGUUCAAAUUUUAGUAGGCGGCAGAACAGAAGAAAAAUCCGUUAAUCUUGCGACUUUAUCUGGGAAGCAGGAUCUGUCUAACAAACUCUUCGUAUCUGCAUCUAAUUUUAUGAUCAUCAAAUUUAGCACGGAUAGAUCCGUUGAAAAGAAAGGGUUCCGUGCAUCCUGGAAGACUGAAUCAUCAAACUGUGGUGGCAUUUUACGAGCCACACCUCAGGGUCAAGUUUUGACUUCACCUGGAUAUCCAAAUGCAUACCCAGGAGGCCUGGAAUGCGUAUAUAUAAUUGAAGCUCAACCAGGCAGAAUAGUGUCAUUAGAGGUUGAAGAUUUAGAUUUAGGAAUGAACAGAGAUUAUAUUGUAAUUAAAGAUGGAAACAGUCCUUCUAGUCCAGUCCUUGCAAGAUUAACAGGACCUGCCGAAGAAAACCAAAAAGUAGUUAUAUCUACAACGAACCAUUUAUAUCUAUAUUUCCGCACUAGCCUUGGAGAUUCUAAGAACGGUUUUAAUAUGAGAUAUUCACAAGGAUGUCGAGCUACGAUAAUUGCAGCGAAUGGAACAUUAUCAUCACCAGCUUACGGUUUAAGUAACUAUCCAAACAAUCAAGAAUGUUUAUACAGGAUAAAGAACCCUAACGGUGGACCAUUGUCAUUGAAAUUCGAUCACUUUAAAAUCCAUCCAUCGGACGUCGUGCAAGUAUUCGACGGUUCAACCACAAGUAGCUUGAGAUUGCAUUCAGAAAAUGGAUUUACGGUAAAGCCCAGAAUAACACUGACUGCAUCUACUGGGGAAAUGUUAAUACGAUUUGUGUCGGAUGCAUUGCAUAACGAAGAAGGAUGGAAUGCGACGUUUUCUGCAGACUGUCCGCCACUGAAAUCUGGCGUGGGUGCAUUGGCCUCAAAUAGAGACACUGCUUUUGGUACUGUUAGCACAUUCUCGUGCCCAAUUGGGCAAGAAUUUGCGACUGGAAAGCCUCGAAUCACGACCAAAUGUUUAGAAGGCGGAAACUGGUCUACAACUUAUAUUCCCAGCUGUCAAGAGGUGUAUUGCGGUCCCGUUCCACAAAUCGACAACGGGUUUUCAAUUGGCUCCACGAACGUGACUUACCGGGGGGUGGCUACUUACCAAUGUUACGCUGGAUUCGCCUUCCCCACUGGCCAGCCGAUAGAAAGGAUAUCUUGUUUGUCUGAUGGACGAUGGGAAAGAACCCCUACCUGUCUUGCUUCACAAUGUGUGGCUCUUCCCGACGUGCCUCACGCAAACGUAACAAUAUUAAAUGGUGGUGGUCGCAGCUACGGUACAAUAGUACGUUAUGAGUGCGAGCCCGGAUAUGUUCGCUCUGGCCAGCCAGUUCUACUUUGUAUGAGCAAUGGGACGUGGUCUGGAGACGUCCCGUCGUGUACCAAAGCCUUGUGCCCGAAGUUCCCAGAAAUUAAAAAUGGAUUUAUCGUGGACCAAUCCAGAAUUUACAUGUAUGGAGACGAAGCGCGUGUUCAAUGUUUCAAAGGUUACAAACUAAAUGGCCCCAGCAUCCUUAAAUGCGGAACUAACCAAGAAUUUGACGCUGUGCCUACCUGUGACGAUAUCAAUGAAUGUUUAAGCAACCAGUGUGACACAGCUUCGACAGAAUGCAAAAAUACACAAGGAGGAUUCUAUUGCCCUUGCCGACCCGGGUUCUCUCCGAGCUUGGAGUGCAGACCAGUUGGAGACCUGGGUCUUAUCAAUGGUGCCAUUCCUGACGAAUCUAUUACGACUUCAGCUCCUGAAUCUGGAUAUUACAAAGGGAUGGUCCGAUUAAAUAAUGGAGGAGGGUGGUGUGGUAACAACCUGGAAGCUGGAGCUAACUGGGUUCAGAUUGAUUUAAGAGCACCCACUAUCAUUAGAGGGUUCAGAACCAUGAGCGUUAUGCGAGCUGAUGGAAAUAUUGCAUUUACUUCGGCCAUAAGGAUUCAAUAUACUAAUGAUUUGACUGACGUAUUCAAGGACUACACUAAUCCAGACGGCACAGCAGUAGAAUUCCGUAUUCUUGAGCCUACUCUAUCGGUUCUGAAUUUGCCAGUCCCCAUUGAAGCACAAUAUAUUAAAUUCAAGAUCCAAGAUUAUGUAGGAGCUCCAUGCCUAAAACUUGAAGUCAUGGGUUGCGCUCGGUUAGAUUGUGCUGAUAUUAACGAGUGCAGUGAAAAUAAUGGCGGUUGUGAUCAGAAGUGCAUCAAUACACCUGGCAACUUCUCGUGUGCCUGUAAUCUUGGCUACGAAUUAUAUUCCAAUAAUGGAACAGCUGGAUUCUCAAUUGAAUUAUCAGAAACCGGUGAUAGAGAUGGCGAUACAUACCAAAAGAACAAAUCUUGUGUGCCAGUCAUGUGCCCUCCGCUUGUUUCACCUGAAAACGGAAAACUACUUUCAACUAAGAAUACUUACCACUUUGGCGAUAUUGUACAAUUCCAGUGUGACUUUGGAUAUGUAAUGUCUGGUUUUGCUUCUUUACUUUGUACAUCAAGUGGUACAUGGAAUGGAACAGUUCCAGAAUGUCAAUAUGCUCGCUGCGUUACUUUAUCUGACGACAAGAAUGAUGGCUUAAAGAUUAUAAGAGAAGAUCCGGAAAGUGUGUUACUGCCUUAUAGAGAUAAUGUUACUAUUACAUGUACCUCACCUGGAAGACAACUAAGAAAUACUGUAACUUCGUCGUUCAGACAAUGUGUUUAUGAUCCGAAGCCGGGUCUUCCUGAUUACUGGUUAUCAGGUGCACAACCCCAAUGUCCAAGAAGGGAUUGUGGAGUACCAAUGCCCACGCCCGGUGCCGAAUAUGGUCAAUAUUUAGAUACCAGAUAUCAAAGUUCAUUCUUUUUCGGUUGUCAAAACACAUUUAAGCUCGCUGGCCAAACAAACAAACACGAUAACGUUGUCAGGUGUCAAGCUAAUGGAAUAUGGGAUUUCGGUGACUUGAGAUGUGAAGGCCCAGUUUGCGAAGAUCCAGGCAGACCAGCAGAUGGUUACCAAAUUGCCAGAAGUUAUGAACAAGGAUCAGAAGUAUUAUUUGGAUGCUCAAGACCAGGUUACAUUCUCAUUAAUCCUAGGCCGAUUACAUGUAUCAGAGAGCCAGAAUGUAAAGUAAUUAGACCUCUUGGACUUGCAUCAGGGAGAAUACCUGACUCUGCUAUUAAUGCAACUUCAGAACGGCCUAAUUACGAAGCGAGAAACGUAAGGCUCAACUCGGUAACAGGUUGGUGUGGAAAACAAGAAGCCUUUACGUACGUCAGUGUUGAUUUAGGAAAAGUUUACAGGGUGAAAGCUAUUUUAGUUAAAGGUGUAGUAACAUCAGAUAUUGUCGGACGUCCUACUGAAAUAAGGUUCUUCUACAAACAAGUUGAAAAGGAAAAUUAUGUCGUUUACUUCCCUAACUUCAACCUUACAAUGAGAGACCCUGGUAAUUAUGGUGAAUUGGCCAUGAUUACCCUGCCCAAAUACGUCGAAGCAAGAUUUGUGAUUUUGGGUAUUGUCAGUUUCAUGGACAACGCUUGCUUGAAGUUUGAACUGAUGGGUUGUGAUGAACCUGCUACAGAGCCAUUACUUGGUUAUGACUACGGAUAUUCACCUUGUGUCGACAAUGAACCACCAGUAUUCCAAAAUUGUCCACAACAACCUAUCAUAGUACAAACAGAUGUAAACGGAGGUCUUCUACCUGUAAAUUUCACCGAACCCACUGCUAUGGAUAAUUCAGGAGCGAUCGCCAGAUUAGAAGUGACUCCUCAGCAUUUCAGAACUCCUAUUCAAGUAUUCCAUAACAUGGUCGUACGAUAUGUAGCAUUUGACUUCGAUGGCAACGUCGCUAUUUGUGAAGUAAACAUUACUGUACCUGACUAUACACCACCUAGACUAAGUUGCCCGCAGAGCUACGUUAUCGAACUCGUGGAUAAACAGGAUAGUUAUGCAGUGAACUUCAAUGAAACAAGAAGAAGAAUAAACGCAACGGAUGCAUCUGGAGAAGUUUUCUUAAAGUUUAUUCCUGAAAGAGCUGUUAUACCGAUUCGCGGUUAUGAAAAUGUUACAGUUAUUGCCUCCGAUAAAUAUGGAAACAAAGCGCAGUGCAACUUCCAGGUUUCUGUACAAGCCACUCCUUGCGUUGACUGGGAAUUAAUGCCUCCAGCACAUGGAGCUCUUAACUGCUUACCUGGGGAUAGAGGAAUUCAAUGCAUAGCAACUUGCAAACCAGGGUUCCGAUUUACGGACGGAGAACCAGUAAAAACCUUUAUUUGUGAAACAAAACGACAAUGGUCACCUACAGCUGUUGUUCCUGAUUGUGUUUCAGAAAAUACACAGCAAGCAGCUUACCACGUUGUGGCCAGUGUUCAAUAUCGUGCUUUGGGAGCUGUAUCCAAUGCCUGCUUACCUCAAUAUAAGGAUUUAUUAGCGCAAUACGAUAACAUUCUUAACGAAAGAUUAUCUCAGCGUUGUUCCGCUGUCAAUGUAAACAUCAACGUAACCUUUGUAAAAGCAAUGCCAACACUACAAGAUGAAAAUGUUGUAAAAAUGGACUUUGUUCUUGCGAUCACUCCAGCUAUUAGACAGACACAACUUUAUGAUCUCUGCGGUUCAACUUUGAACCUCAUCUUCGAUCUUUCUGUGCCUUAUGCUAGUGCUCUCAUCGAGCCAGUGCUGAAUGUAUCUUCCAUCGGAAACCAAUGUCCACCAUUGAGAGCGAUAAGAAGUUCAAUUUCAAGAGGAUUUACUUGCAGCGUGGGUGAAGUUUUGAAUAUGGAUACCAAUGAUGUACCCAGAUGUUUACACUGUCCCGCUGGAACGUUCGCCGGAGAAAAACAAAAGGCGUGUACUAUGUGUCCACGCGGAUUCUUCCAAAACCAAGCUCGUCAAGGAGCCUGCCUCAAAUGUCCUACAGGAACUUUCACAAGAGAGGAAGGCUCUAAAGAUAUCACAGACUGCGUACCUGUUUGUGGUUACGGUACUUACUCUCCAACAGGGUUAGUGCCUUGUUUGGAAUGCCCAAGAAAUAGUUACACUGCGGAACCUCCAGUAGGGGGCUUCAAAGACUGUCAAGCGUGCCCUGUUAAUACUUACACUUAUCAACCAGCAGCACCAGGAAGGGAUAAAUGUAGAACGAAAUGUGCUCCAGGAACUUAUUCGCCAACAGGAUUAGCACCUUGCUCACAGUGUCCGCGAAACUUCUAUCAAAACUUGUUGGGUCAAACGUUAUGUUUAGAAUGCCCUACAAACAUGAAAACAGUCGGAACCGGAGCUACCAGUUUAGAGGAAUGUAUCCCUGUAGAAUGUUCAAACAGCGCUUGUCAACAUGGCGGACUUUGCGUGCCUAAAGGACACGGUGUUCAAUGUUAUUGUCCAGCUGGAUUCUCAGGACGCAGAUGUGAAAUUGACAUCGAUGAAUGCGCGAGUCAACCUUGUUACAAUAGUGGUACUUGCACAGAUCUUCCUCAAGGAUAUAGAUGUACCUGCCCCACUGGAUACGGUGGUAUAAAUUGUCAAGAGGAGAGGUCAGACUGCAGAAAUGACACUUGCCCGGAAAGAGCCAUGUGCAAAGACGAACCUGGAUUUGAUAAUUACACAUGUUUAUGUAGAUCGGGCUACACUGGAAUGGAAUGUGAUGUUACGGUUGAUCCUUGCACUGCUAAUGGAAAUCCAUGCACUAACGGCGCAUCAUGUAUUGCAUUGCAACAAGGACGAUUCAAAUGCGAAUGUCUGCCAGGCUGGGAAGGACAACUUUGUGAAAUUAAUACUGACGAUUGUAUCGAGAAGCCCUGUCUCCUUGGAGCACCUUGCACAGAUUUAGUAAAUGAUUUUAGUUGUGCUUGUCCACCUGGAUUUACAGGAAAACGAUGUCAUGAAAAGAUUGAUCUAUGUUCUAACGGUCCAUGCAAGCAUGGUGUAUGUGUGGACAAACUGUUUGUUCACCAAUGUAUAUGCGAUCCAGGUUGGUCAGGUCCUUCUUGUGAUAUUAACAUUAAUGAAUGUGUCAUAUCGCCUUGCGAAAAUGGAGGUCAAUGUAUAGAUGGUAUCGAUGACUUCACUUGUAACUGUGAAGCCGGUUACACCGGUAAAAGAUGUCAACACACAAUCGAUGACUGUGCUUCGGAUCCGUGCCAGAAUGGAGCUUCGUGUAUUGAUCAAAUAGAUGGAUUCCUUUGCAAAUGUAGACCUGGUUUUAUUGGUCUACAAUGUGAAACUGCUAUAGAUGAAUGUUUAACAGAACCGUGCAAUCCUGUAGGAACUGAUCGUUGUUUAGAUCUAGACAACAAAUACCAGUGCGUAUGCCGCGAAGGAUUUACAGGGGAAAUGUGUGAAACUAAUAUUGAUGAUUGCGCUUCUGACCCUUGCUUCAACGGAGGGUCUUGUAAAGACGAAAUCGGAGAUUAUAAAUGCGUGUGCCAACCAGGAUGGACAGGAAAACGUUGUGAAAAGGAUAUUGGCAAUUGCUUGAACCGUCCAUGCCAGAAUAAUGCUAAAUGUAUUGAUUUGUUCCAAGAUUUCUUCUGUGUAUGCCCAAGUGGAACAGAUGGAAAGCAAUGUGAAACAGCACCGGAAAGAUGUAUCGGCAGUCCUUGUAUGCAUGGUGGAAAGUGUCAAGAUUUCGGAUCUGGCCUCAACUGUACAUGCUCGCCAGACUACACUGGCAUUGGCUGUCAAUACGAGUUCGACGCUUGCGAUGCCGGCCUCUGUCAGAAUGGUGCCACUUGUAUUGACGAAGGGGAAGAUUACGCUUGCAUUUGCGCUCCAGGCUUCAAAGGAAAGAACUGUGACGAAGAUAUUAUUGAUUGCAAAGACAAUUCUUGUCCACCAUCGGCUACAUGCAUUGACUUACCUGGUAGAUUCUAUUGUCAGUGUCCAUUCAACCUUACGGGAGAUGACUGCCGAAAAGCUAUCAGCGUAGAUUACGACCUGUACUUCAGUGAUCCGCUGCGAUCUAGUGCUGCUCAAGUCGUGCCAUUUGACACGGGCUCAACGGACAGUUUGACCAUUGCUAUGUGGGUUCAGUACACACAACAAGAUGAAGGUGGAGUUUUCUUUACGGCCUAUAGCGUCAGCAAUUCACACAUUGCUCUGAAUAGAAGAGUUAUCAUUCAAGCUCAUUCAAAUGGAGUCCAAGUAUCUUUAUUCCCUGAGCUCCAAGAAGUUUAUCUGAGUUUCGGAGAAUUCGCAACAAUAAACGAUGGCCAAUGGCAUCACGUCGCUCUGGUAUGGGAUGGUAACAACGGCGGUGAACUAACACUUAUCACUGAAGGGUUGAUUGCUAGCAAGAAAACAGGUUACGGCAGCGGUCGAACAUUACCACAAUAUGUUUGGGUAACUCUAGGAAAACCUCAAUCAGAUAAUCCAAAGGCAUACACUGAAUCUGGCUUCCAAGGCCAUCUGACCAAAGUACAAAUCUGGAAUCGUGCGCUGGACGUUACCAAUGAAAUACAAAAACAAGUUCGUGAUUGCAGAACUGAACCAGUUCUUUACAAUGGUUUGGCUCUCAAUUGGGCAGGCUAUGAAGAUUUAGCUGGAGGCGUUGAAAGAAUAGUACCAACACACUGUGGUCAGAGAGUAUGUGCUAAUGGCUAUGCUGGUGAUAAAUGCGAACAACUACAAGUCGACAAAGAACCACCAACUGUUGAUCGUUGUCCAGGAGACUUAUGGGUGAUAGCAAAGAACGGAUCGUCGAUUGUGAACUGGGAUGCUCCAGUAUUUAGUGACAACGUAGGAGUAGCUAGAGUAGCAGAGAAAUCUGGGCACAAACCCGGUCAGAAUCUGGCUUGGGGAGUGUAUGAUAUUGCUUACGUAGCCUAUGAUGCAGCUGGCAAUGCUGCAACAUGCACAUUCAAGGUCACUGUACUUGCUGAAUUCUGUCCUUCAUUGGCUGAUCCUCUUGGUGGAUACCAGUCCUGUCGUGACUGGGGUGCAGGCAGUCAGUUCAAGGUCUGCGAAAUUGGCUGCAGCAAAGAUCUAGGAUUCUCCCAACCGGUUCCACCAUUCUACACUUGUGGAGCCGAAGGAUUCUGGAGACCAACUGCUGAUCCAACGCUGCCAUUUGUUUAUCCUGCUUGUUCUCCGGCACAGCCUGCUCAGCGAGUUUUCAAGAUCUCCAUGUUGUUCCCAAGUUCGGUGCUCUGCAAUGACGCCGGCCAAGGAGUCCUACGUCAGAAAGUACGCACCGCCAUCAACCAGCUCAACAGAGAUUGGAACUUCUGCUCUUAUGCUAUACAGGGUACUCGCGAGUGCAAAGAACUGGACAUCAACGUGAAAUGUGACCACCGAGCAAAUAGCAGACAAACUAGAGAGGUUUCAUCACCAACCACAAAAUCCGAAGACGCAUAUGUGUUGGACGCUAUUAUUCCAGUGGAUGAGACACGAAGCAGUAGGGAGGGCAGACAAGUCGGAGAUACGUACAGCAUUGAGAUCGCUUUCCCCGCUGUCAACGACCCAGUAAUCCACGGAGGCACAAACGAACGAUCAUCAGUCCACCGAUUACUGGAGAAACUGAUCCUAGAAGACGAACAGUUCGACGUAAGGAACAUCUUGCCGAACACUUUCCCUGAUCCAGCGAGUUUGCAGCUGCAAUCAGACUAUGCUUGCCCCACUGGACAGGUCGUCAUGGGAACUGACUGCGUCGCGUGCGCUGUGGGAACAUACCUGGACUCUGCCAGCGACACCUGCAAGCCUUGUCCGCUGGGCACGUACCAGUCUGAAGCCGGUCAGCUGCAAUGCACAGCUUGCCCGAGCAUCGCCGGCCAGCCGGGAGUCACGCAAGCCAGUGGUGCGCGAAGCGCUGCUGACUGCAAAGAACGAUGUGCCGCCGGCAAAUACUACGACGCUGAAGCGGAGCUCUGCAGACCCUGCGGCCACGGAUCUUACCAGCCACGAGAAGGCGCAUUCUCCUGUAUCGCCUGCCCGCGGGGACAGACUACCAGGGCUACUGAGGCGGUGUCAGCUGCCGAGUGCAGGGAUGACUGCUCUUCAGGAGAGCAGCUAAGCAGCGACGGUGGCUGCGAGCCGUGCCCGCGCGGAACGUGGAGAUUGAAGGGUGCGGGAGCUGCUUGCGCGCCAUGUCCGCCUGGUACCACCACGCCGCAAGCCGGCGCGGCUUCUGCUGACCAAUGCUCGCUGCCAGUCUGCAAACCUGGUUCUUACCUCAAUGUGACACUGAACACUUGCAUCCUAUGCAAGAGAGGAAUGUACCAGUCGGAAGCCCAGCAGACUGCCUGCGUGCCAUGUCCCAUCAACACCAGUACUAGGGAAGCAGGAGCUACUUCCGAAUCGGAAUGCACAAACCCUUGCGAAAUGAGCGGGCCCGAGAUGCACUGUGACGUCAACGCGUACUGCCUCCUCAUGCCGGAAAGCAGCGAAUUCAAGUGCCAGUGCAAACCAGGGUUCAACGGCACAGGAAAAGUUUGUGUUGACGUGUGCCUAAACUUCUGCGACAACGGCGGCGAGUGCAUCAAGGACGCCCGCGGAGAACCCUCCUGCCGAUGCAUGGGAUCUUUCACCGGCAGGAACUGCACGGAGAAGUCAGAUUUCGCGUACAUCGCAAGCGGGGUGGCUGGAGGAGUCAUCUUCAUCAUCUUCUUGGUGCUGCUUGUAUGGAUGAUCUGCGCUAGGUCAACAAAGAAGAAGGAACCAAAGAAGACAUUGACGCCAGCGAUCGACCAGAACGGCUCCCAAGUGAACUUCUACUACGGCGCACACACUCCAUACGCCGAAUCCAUCGCUCCAUCACACCACUCCACCUACGCACACUACUAUGACGACGAGGAAGACGGCUGGGAAAUGCCUAACUUCUACAACGAAACUUACAUGAAAGAAAGCCUACACAACGGCAUGAAUGGCAAAAUGAACAGUCUAGCAAGAUCCAACGCCAGUAUAUAUGGAACCAAGGAGGAUUUGUACGACAGACUAAAGAGACAUGCGUACCCGGGUAAGAAAGAUAAGAGUGACAGCGACAGCGAAGGUCAGUAAGCGUAAUAUAGAACUGCGUUUUGUCGUAUUCUGGUCAAACUUACAUAAUAUCUAGUUUCAAUUCUCGGUGUGACAAUAAUAGUCAAUAUUAUUGUAGAAUAUUUAUCAAAUGGUGAAAAAUGUAAACGGAAGGUUUCAUAUCGAAUUUACUUUUUAAAUAUUAGAUUUCUUAAAUACUGGCCAAGAAGGGUUAACUUCCGUUUACCUUUUUGGCUUUUUCUAAAAGAUGGGAUGCAUAUCUGUGGGUUGCUAAAGACAACCGAGAGUGCGUAAGUAGAAUUUUAUAUUCUGUUAGCUUUAUUAUUAAGUAUUUAGGUUAAAAUGACGAAUGUGUAUUAACACACUCACUGUUUAAAAUCGAUACAGCCCCACCAAAUAUUUUUUACUAUAAUUUCAUAAAUAAAAGGGUUUAGAACAGUAGAUGGAUGGAAUAAUGAUGCAUAUUGAAACAGUGAAUGUGUUGAUGUUCUAAUAACAAUCAACGAACAAAUGCUCAAAUAAGUAUUUAGGCGAACCAUGCCAUAUCCGGGCUUUGUGAAAACAUUUUUUCGGAUCAUUCCAAUUACAUUACGAUUAAAUUACAAUGCUGGGGCUAAGUGUUAUACAUCGGGUCGUAAGAAGAUAUAAAUCGAAAGGUCUCAGCAAAAUAAGAACAUUGUGGACAGACGUCAGAAUAAUACAUUUUUAAAUAGUUCAAUGACGACUGACCACACUUCCAAAAUUAGGUGUAAUUAUAUAUUUUUCUUGUUUUAAAUACAAUAAACAACACGAAUCAAUAGGGGAUAGGGUACCUUAUCUUUAGCCUCACCAUAUAUAUAAUGCUGAAACUAGUCGACUUUAAUGUACUAAACUCGAUGUAUAAUACUUUUUAAAACCUAGUACUUUCUGUGUAAAUAUUAAUGUUAUUUUUGUAUAUUUAUGCUAAGACACGACGACUGGGUGUUAGUAUUAAUUAAUCGCAUAUGAUAAAAUUUUGUCAACUCACAAUAUUUAUCAAUCUGAAUGUACAUUUUGUAAUAUCCGGUUAGUACUGGUAUAAAAACUAGGUAUUAUGUUGUUAAUGUCAAGUUUAUCUUUGUAUUAUAAACGGGACUAUUUUAAUCAUACGAUUUCGUGUGUGAGAAUGAAUGUAUAUUGUGUGACAUGUAAAGAAUGCUUCAUAUAUUGAUAUAGAUAAAGAAUUGUAUGAUAUCAGUACAUGUAUUAAUAAAUAAGACUUCCAUAAUAAUUAAUUUAUGAAUUAAUUUUACAUAAUGACCAAAAGUACAUAGCUACGGAAAAGUAAGAAUGCACUACUACUACUCCAACUCAAGGCAUAUGUAUAGUGGACUUCAGAACACGCAGGACAAUUUUGUCAAACUUUGGACACAAGAAUCUAUGACAAGUAUAUGACACCGACUCAAAAAGAAGAAGGCUGCAGAAAAAGUUGGUAAAUGACAUUUUGCAUCUCAAAAAAUUACUUGCGCUGGAUUAUUAGUAACAUUUUUACUAUGUUUUAAUAAUUUACCUUCGUACCUUAUAAAUACAAUCAUUUCAAAUACUCAAUGCAUCGUCCGUGAGUGGUUAUAAUUCCAUCACAAUUUAUUACCACAUUAGUGAUUAUGUUUAACAGUAAUAUUUUUUUACAAAAUUUUAAUAAAAUAAUAAAUUUAACUAUACGUAUUUUA